AUGGAGAUAUUGAGGGAAAUCCUGAAUUUUCUUUCUAAAAAUAUCUUGAAUGUCACAAUUUUGUUAAUGUCCAUAAGUUUCAUUCUGUUCUUUACACAGAAAAACAGAAAUGAUAAAAAAAAAGUAGAAGAUUUGUUUAGUCUUUACUCUCAAAAGAAUGAACAUGAAGAACUUAAAAUUAGAAAGGAUGAACAAUGUGAAAAAUCCUCUGAGGUUUGCUUUCUGAAUGGGAAUAACCAAACAUUGAAGCUUAAUAAAAUUAUAAAAUUAACGAAUACAGUAAAGAUUUUCAUUUUUUCGUACCCAUCGAAAUAUUCUCAUUUUGGUUUAGACAUAUGUAAGCAUAUAAAAUUUAAUCUUCCAAAUCGAGAAGGAAAAAUAAAAGGUAAAUGGAAUGAUAAAUUGGAUAGAGAAAAUGAUUCAAAAGAAAUUUUUAGAAGUUAUACACCUAUUUAUGUGGAUAAAAAAAAUAAACUUGUUCAUUUUGUGAUUCGGAUAUAUAAUCCUGAUGAGAAAUAUAUAGAUGGUGGAAAAAUGAGUAUUCAGUUAAAUAAGAUGCAUAAUAAUGAUAAUGUCAAAAUAGCUGGACCAUUUGGGCUUUUAGACUACAAAGGAAAUAAUGAAUUUAGUUAUUUAUCCAAAUCUUUAAAAAAUAAAAAGCAUAUUGUAAUGAUAGCUGGGGGUACUGGGAUGACUCCUUUUUUUCGAUUGAUAAAACAUUUGCUCCUUUUUGACACAAAAGAAACUGAAACGAACCACCCUUUCAUAACAUUCAUUUAUGCAAAUAGAAAUGAGGAAGAGAUUCUCCUCAAGCCGGUUUUUGACGAAUAUGAAAAAAGGUUCGAGAGAUUCAAAAUAGUGUAUAGCGUUGACGAAUGCAUAGAUGACUCAAAGAAGGUCUCAAUGAACAAUAUAGGAUACCUCAAUGUGGAAAUAUUGAGAAUGUACAUUCUCAAGUACCAGAAAUUAAAUGUGCAAAUUGAGAAGAGUGAUACACUCAUUUUGAUGUGUGGCCCUCCCCCAAUGACUGCUUUUCUUAAAAAGUUGCUGAAUGAGGAUAUUAAGAUGGAAAAUGUGAUAACUGUUUAG